CCAAAAAAAGGGCUGGUUGUAAAGAAACCACAAGCUAGGUGACAAUGGCUGAACAAGUGGAAGUAACUCCUGGUGCUCGUACUGAGGCGUUUCCUGAGAUAGAACCUUACAAUCAUGGUUGGUUGCGUGUGUCUGAGCUUCAUGAGAUCUACUAUGAGGAAUCUGGGAACAGAGAUGGGAACCCUGUCAUAUUUCUUCACGGUGGACCAGGAGGUGGUUGCAGUUCUAAACAUCGCCAGUUGUUUGACCCCCAGGCAUAUCGUAUAAUCCUGUUUGACCAGAGGGGGGCUGGAAGGUCACGACCUCCUGCAGAGCUGAGAGAGAACACAACUUGGGAUCUUGUGGCAGACAUGGAGAAGUUGAGGGAGCAUCUUGGAGUCAGUCGUUGGCAUGUGUUUGGAGGGAGUUGGGGCUCCACCCUCUCAUUAGCGUAUGCUCAGAAACACUCGGACUGUGUCAAAACAAUCGUCAUCAGAGGAAUAUUCACCAUCAGAAGGGAGGAACUGCUCUGGUUGUACCAGGAGGGGGCCUCCUUCAUUUACCCUGAUGCGUGGGAGUCUUUUCGCCCCAUGGAGAGGGGAGAUCUCAUGAAUGCCUACUACAGAAGGUUAACAGGAGACGACAAGGAAGUUCAGCUAGUGUGUGCUAAGGCCUGGGCAGGCUGGGAGAUGAACACUCUGAGGCUGAUACCAGACCAGGAAGCCAUUCAGAAGAGGCUAGACAACAGCGACUGGGCCUUGCAGUUCGCAGGGAUAGAAUACCACUACUUUGUCAACGGUGGCUUCUUCUCUCACAACAAGGAACUGUUAGAUGGAGUGGAGCUCAUCCGCCACAUACCCUGUACCAUCAUCCAGGGGCGCUACGAUGUUGUGACCCCACUCAAGAGCUGGGAACUGCAUAAGAGAUGGCCUGAGGCAGAGUUCCACAUUGUUCCCGAUGCUGGUCAUUCGUACACUGACAAGGGAAUCAUGACGCAGCUGCUCAGGGCAACUGAGAAAUACAAGGACCUCUGAACUAUAAUUAUAUAGUGCAUAUUGACAAUUUGAGACUGAGACUAUUAUUAUGAGACUUACGCUCUUAGAUAUCAGUAUAUCAAUUUUAGUUAAUUACUCAGUCCCUAUAUAGCUAGCCUAUAGUAUUGUCACCUUUUCAAAUGCUUGGACUGUUAAUAGAACAAAUUCUGUUAUCGCUA